AUGCACCCACUGGCACUCCUUUUUCUCUCCAUAGGAGCAACGGUUGAUGCCCUUCUUUCCCCGAAAUUCAAGUAUGUUGAGAGACGCGAGAAUUAUCAUGCCUUCAAGCCACCCCCGAAGCGGCAGUCUGGCACCACCAUCACAGUCGAUCUCACUAAAACAUACCAGAAGAUUGAUGGAUUCGGCUUUUCGGAAGCGUUCCAACGGGCUGUUCAGAUGAGUCGGCUCCCUGAAGCCGAGCAACGUCGUGCCUUGGAUCUGCUUUUCAGUACGACUAAGGGUGCUGGCCUGACGAUUCUGCGCAAUGGCAUCGGUUCUUCCCCUGAUAUGAGGAACGAUUGGAUGGUUUCAAUCGCCCAUAAGAGCCCCGGUUCUCCUGACAAGCCUCUCAUCAUCGAAUGGGACGGCUCAGACAACAAGCAGUUAUGGCUUUCCCAGGAGGCUCAACACACUUAUGGCGUCAAAACCAUCUAUGCUGAUGCCUGGAGCGCGCCUGCAUACAUGAAGACGAAUGGCAACGAUGCCAAUGGUGGUUCUCUGUGCGGUCUGAGUGGUGCGUACUGCGCCAGCGGUGACUGGAGGCAGGCCUACGCCGAUUAUCUUGUAAAAACAAGCUACGCUUCCAUGCGUUUCACAGCCGGUCAGGCAGCCGAGUUUAUCCGCAUCCUUUACCCGACUCUCGAGCGUGCCAACCUCACCUCCCAAGUGACCAUCACCUGCUGCGACGCAGGUGGUUGGUCGCAGCAGGCGGGCAUGCUCGGCUCCCUACGCAACGUCGAUAACAUGCUGGGCGUCAUCACGGCACAUAGCUACAUGUCACAGCCAAACUCCCCCAUCCUGGUACUCUUGGGGCGGUGCCGGCGAGGGCUCACCUGGGCCAACCACGUCUACCAGGCCAUCGUCAACGCCAAUGCCUCGGCCUAUCUGUACUGGGUUGGUGUUCAGACGGGUAGCACAAACAGCCACAUGGUGCACAUCGACACGAACAAGCAGACUGUCGAGCCAUCUAAGCGGCUGUGGGCUCUGGGCCAAUGGAGUCGUUUUGUGCGACCUGGUGCUCGUCGCGUGGGUACAAAUGGUGGUGGCGGAAACCUUAGGAUUUCUGCUUUCCGGAAUGAGGACGGCUCGGUUGCCGUGCCCAUUAUUAACAGUGGAAAUACGGCUCAUAUCAAUGUCAGGGUUGGUUCUGGCAGCUACACUUCGGCCAAGGCAUGGGUGACGGAUAUUACGAGGGACAUUGCUGAGUUGCCGUUGACAUCGUUUGCUGUUGAUGGUACAGCCAGCGUUAACAUUCCGAUGAGGAGUAUGGUUACCGUUGUGCUGUAUCCAUAG